AUGUCCACAAAGAAGAAGUCAUCAAAACAAUCAGUCAAGACUCCUAGUAAGGAGCCACCAACAGAUGAAAGUGCAGAGGAUGCAAAGGAAGUGGUGGUGACUGAACGAGAGACCCGUCUGCAGGCGGAGCACGAGCAGCUUGUGACGGAGCAGGAUGGACUGCGACGAAGGUUAGAGCAGCUCCGGCAGGAGAAUGAGUUCCUCCAGGAGGAAGCAGAGAGGACAAGGGUAGAAAGCCAGGAAUAUCUAUCCUACAUGGACAAGAGAAGUCAAAGACGUCAGGACACCAUUGUUAGUCUUAGCGAUCAAAACCAGCGGGAGCUUGACAACAUCAGCUGCCAAAAGAAAGAACUUGAGUCUCAUUUCCAAAUGUUAGAGGAGAAGCUUAGAGAGGAAUUGCUCCAGAGAGAAGCAGAGCUGGCCAAAGUCAUGCAGGAGAUAGAGGAGUUGCAGCCCAUGAGAGAGCUUCAAAAGGAGCAGCAGUUACGCAUCAAAGAACUAGAGGAGGAGGUGAUGGCCACCCAUGGGAGACACGCACAGGCCUUACUCAGGGUGAAGAGUGCCUUUCUCCAUGAUAAAGCAAAAUGCCAGCAGGAUUCCCAACAACAACUGGAUAACCUGUCCAAGGAGGCCCAAGAUGAGGCCAGGAAAGCAUUACAGGAGGUGAGUGCCAAAGUCAAAGAGGAGAACCAGCAACUGAGACAGGAGCUGCUGCACCUGAUCCGUCGCUCCCGCAUCCUGCAGGCUCACAAGAAAAAGCUGGAGCAACAGAACCAGCAGCUACUAAGGGAACAGCAGUGCCGAAGCGACCUUGAGAAUAUUCAGCAUAAGAGGAAGAUUCUCUCCAUUUCUCCAGCCCAGUGAUGUGGAGUACUCUUAGCCUGAGGCUGUGGGAAGGAUAGAAACUUUGAAACUCACAAUUUUGAGCAGAUAAUAACCUACUCAGACUCCACUUCUACAGGGAACACAUUCAAUGUAGAGAUAUUCACAACAACCUUAACACUUCGAUCAGCAAAUUUCCCAGAGUGACCUUAUGCUGUAGCAUUCUUUAUCUGCUUGCCAACAAUGGUUUACAAAUAUUCUGCUACCAGUGGUAGCAAACCUGAAAUUUAUGUUCCCAAAUUGGUGAUAAUCUUCUGAAAACAAACCCGUUGAGACAUACUGCAUCACACUGGGAGCUAAAUAUACAUAAGUGAGAGCAGAAGCAAUGAUAUAUAUCUGUGAAAAGUCUGUUUAUAAAUAAGUACAGCUUAUCGUUUUGGAAUUUAUUUCCAUUAGUAAA